AUGUCUCUCUCCAGGACGUCGUCACUUUUCGGCAAACGACAAACUUGUCAGUUCCUUGCUAGAUGCUACAGCAGUCAACAAGGUAGGAACAUCGCCGAAUUUUCAUAAUUUAAGUAUAAAUCUUCGUUUUUGAGAUGUCGAUUUGGUCGUUAUCGGCGGCGGUCCAGGAGGAUAUGUAGCUGCCAUCAAGGCCGCACAGUUGGGGAUGAAAGUAGGAAUAUAUUUUUUCGUUUAUCUUUGUUUAAAAUAUAAAUCUAGACUGUUUGCGUUGAAAAGAACGCAACACUUGGUGGAACUUGUUUGAAUGUCGGUUGUAUUCCUUCAAAGUCUCUACUUAACAAUUCUAAUUUUUUGCACAUGGCUCAGCACGAUUUUGCUAGCCGAGGUUUGUCUUUUCGUUUAUUUAAUAAUCGAAUAGGAAACUUUACAGGAAUCGAUUGCACAGCUUCAUUGAACCUUGACAAAAUGAUGGAAGCCAAGCGAGGAUCCGUCAAGGCUCUCACUGGCGGUUCGUUUUUUAUUUCGAAGCUUGAAGAUGAACAAGAAUUCAUAUAUUUCUUACUUCUGUCAGGCAGGAAAAGAUUCUUUUUUUCCGUUUUUGAAGUGUUCUUUUUCAAUUUCAAAUUAUUUUUAUAAUCUCAGAAUCUCUGCGGCAAGAAAGUUUCUUAGAUUUUUUUAGAUUUAAGGAUAUGUCGAUUCUAUAAUUUCAUGUUUUUCACUUCGCAAAAAAAUUUGUCACACGCAAAAAAAUUGGAAUAUUACUUUUUUUAAAAGUUUUUCUUUCAACAGUUCUUUUUGCGUGUUUUUUUCACGGAAUAAGUAUUUAGGAAUCGCUCAGCUUUUCAAGGCUAACAAGGUCGGACAUGUUGAGGGAUUUGCCAGCAUUACUGGGCCCAACCAGGUUGGUUUUUGAAUUUCAACAAGGUUUGCGUGAAACUAAAAAUAGAAAUAUAAUUUCAGGUUCAAGCCAAAAAGAGCGACGGCUCUGUUGAAACCAUCAAUACUCGCAACAUUCUCAUUGCUUCUGGAUCUGAGGUAGGAAUUUCAAAAUUACUCCAUUGUGAAAGUUUUUUCUUCGUUUUUCUUGUUAUUUGUUUUUACAAGCUGUCAAAGGUUAUGUUUUGUGUUAUAUAUACAUUUAUUGAAGACUUUUUUUCUUAAAAGUUUUUUUAUUUUUCCUAUGUAUAGUUUCAGUAAAGUUUACGUUUCUAACCGUUUUUUUAAGAAUUUUCUUGAAAUCUGGAAUUGGAGUUUUUUGAAUGUUUUUUUCAUAAUAAUUUUUCCAAGAAACUUUAUUCUUCCUUGUUAAAUCUGUUUUUAUCACUGUAGUUAUGUUACCAAUCCGGUUAUCAGGUUACUCCGUUCCCGGGAAUCGAAAUCGACGAAGAAAACAUCGUUUCCUCGACUGGAGCCCUUUCUCUGAAGGCCGUCCCCAAAAAGAUGGUCGUCAUUGGAGCUGGAGUCAUCGGAUUGGAAUUGGUUCGUUCUUUUUCCUUCUUUAUUUCUCUUCUUUGUUUGUCAAUGAUUUCAAUUCAUUUCGAACUUUAUUGAAUUGAAGCUUUUCUAAUUAUCGAAAUUUCUAAUUCUGUUUUUUUUUGUUGUUAAAAACGGUUUCUGUAGUAUAGUUGAAGUUAUUCCUCACAUAUCGAUUUCGCAACGAUUUCGUCCAUUUUUUCAAUGAAUUCAAUUUUUUUUACUAGUGUUAGAUUAAUUUAAAUAUAACGAAGUAUCGAUGAACCGGCGUUUAAUAAAAGAUCAUGUAUUCAAUAUUCAUUUUCGGUACAUUUUAACGAUGAUCAGCUAUUCUUUCUCUUCAUUUAUUUUUGACGUCAUCAAAAUAGAGUUUCUCUGAGAAGAACUUGGAGUUUUCAAAUCACUUAGUUCUCUGUUUUUCUAAAAUUUAACUUUUUAAUAAUCAGUUUCGAAAAAAAAAGUGUCUCAGGGAUCGGUUUGGCAACGUUUGGGAGCUGAAGUGACGGCCGUCGAGUACAUCGGAACGAUUGGAGGAAUGGGAAUCGACGGAGAAGUCGCCAAGAACUUCCAGAGAUCCCUCACCAAGCAGGGAUUCAAGUUCCUCCUCAACACCAAGGUGUCUUCAUUGAAUUUCUCUCAUUUCAGACUAAUUUCAGGUUCUCGGAGCCAAGAAGAACGGAUCGCAGAUCAGCGUUGAGGUCGAGGGAGCCAAGGACGGGAAGAAACAGACGGUGCCUUUUUCUAAUAAAAUCUUUGUAAUUGGAAGUUUGAAGGAAUCUGUUCAACAUGAAAUUCUGUCAUCGCACUUAUUUCGCGUUCUUUUUUCAGUUUUACAAAAGUUAUGGUGAAAAAAAUUUGCAAAUUUGCGUGAUUCGGUUAUUAAAGGAUAACUGAUGCACGUUCAAGGCCAAUCAAGUGCUUCUAUUUUUUCCACGAGAUAAUCUUGAUCUUUUUACGAACUUCACUCUUGGGUUCAUUUAUCGGUGAAAUACAACGAAUCUUGAACUUAUUCUGUAGAAUGUUUAGGAAUAAACUUCGAGUUAUAGUUUCCUCAUUAAUCUGUUCAGCUCGAAUGCGACGCCCUGCUGGUCUCUGUCGGACGUCGGCCCUACACGCAGGGACUCGGACUGGAAAAUGUGAAGAUCGAACUGGACAAGAGGGGAAGAAUCCCUGUUGAUGGACGUUUCCAAACCAAGGUACGUUUCUCAUUUUUCAUUCAGAAAGAGAAAAAAUUGGUUUCAUUCUUGAAAAAACUCUAAGAAACAUUCUGAAAAAUGUGCUCUACCACUACACCUGUUUAGGGUGGCCGGUCGUAUUGCGCUAAUUUAGAUAGAUUUUUCAGUAAUAAAACGAAAACUUGUGUACUUUUUGUGAUGUAACUUACCUUGUAACCUCGAGAGGCAGGCCCUUAACAAUUUGCAAAAAAGAAAGGAAAUUAGAAAUAAUUUCCUUUUUUUUUAAAAUGCUCCGAGUCUGACGGCGCAAUAUUGACCGGUCGCGGUAGCACUGUCUCAUACAUGCGUGCCACAUAUUCGAGUCAGAGAAGAAGUAACGCCUUUUUUUCAAAGCAACCGAAAUCCAAAUAUCGCAGAACAAGUCUGCACUUAACCUGUAAUGCCCUUCCCAAACUAGAAUCAAAACAAAAGUAUACGUCGAAUAAAAAGUUUCAUUGACCUUCCUAUGUUAUUUAGAUGUUGGCAGAGGGAAAUUGUAAAAAACAGGAAAUGAGUACACGGAAGACACCUGUCAUUAGAUAUCUAGGUUGGAAAAGUGGCAAAGAAGGGAGAAGUGUCAUUCCGAAUAAAGCAUUGAGAAAGGUAUAAUUUCCACUACAAAAAAUGAGGAGAAUCAGAAAAAAAAAAAACGGAGAAAGACAUAAUUUACAAUUUUAUUUGUAUCUUUCUUUGAGGAUUGUUCACGGUAAAGGUAUUAAGCUUCAUUAUACAUCCCUGUUUCAGAACGAUAGUUCCAAAGACCCUGAAAUUAUCAUACAUAAAGUUCUUAAAAAUGAAAUAACAACAAAAAGAUAUUAUUGUUCGCUUUAAAAAGAAUCAAAAGUUUUUGAGCAUUUUCAAAAAUGGAGACUUUUAUUGUUUUAGCAAGUUUUUUGCUUCUACUCUUAACUUUAGACAAGAUUCUCAGCUUCCGUCAAAUUAUGUGAAAAAAAUGUUUUAACAGAAAAACUUGAAAUAUUCGAAUGGAAUCAUGUUUUUGAAAGAAACCAGAAAACUUGCGUUUAGGUCCCAUCCAUCUUUGCCAUUGGUGACGUCAUCGAAGGACCCAUGCUCGCCCAUAAGGCUGAAGAUGAAGGUUUGAACAAAUGAAAGUCUUUCUUUUUCUCUUGAGUUUAUUGACCUUUUUUUCUCAAAAAAGGUGCUAAUCAAUCUAGAUACGAAUUAACCGGUUAAUGGGGUCAGGCCGUUCUUCCGAACUUUGAACUUGUUGAUCUGUUUGCGAGCUUUCUUGAAGGCCUGAGAAGUCGACCUUGAGUUGAUUGGAAGAUUUUCUUUGAUUUUGGAUCAAUCGACAGUGAGAAUUCCUUUCCAACCCAUGACUUUUGAGGAAUUCUUUGCGUGGAAGGAAUCGCCGGCGGCCCCGUUCACAUCGACUACAACUGUGUGCCGUCCGUCGUUUACACACAUCCUGAAGUCGCCUGGGUCGGAAAGGCCGAAGAACAGCUGAAACAGGAGGUUGAAACAUCGGAAAGACGGUUCCCCAAAUAGAAAUAUGAGGAAGAAAAAAUGACGCUUCAGAGGAUAGUGCCUUUUUGAACAACUUUUUCCGAUUUUGUACUCGAAAUUGAACAAAAGAUCGUUUUUUUAGUAAGACAAAAUUUCAAUUUUGCGCGAAGGAACAGUGUGCAAAUAGUUAAUUACCAUUUUCUAGAAAAAGCUCACUUCUAAUAUUUCGCGACUUGAUUCUAAUCAGCAGUUCUCAUCACGAAUAAUUUCCUAAGAGAAUUUUAAAAAUAAGGAGAAAAUAAUGAUUAGAAACGAGAAACGACAGUAUUUAUUGUCCAUAGAGCGGUUUUGCGCGGGAAAUCAUAUAUUUUCUCGUUCUCCUUUUCAAUCUAUUUCUUCUCAAUUUGUGAAUUUCUGUAAAAAUUUCACUUGCAUGAAGUAUAAUUUGAACCAAGCACCCUUGGAAAAGUGAUUCUCAGCUUCAAGCAGAAGCCUGAUCGUUGAUGUUCAGGGCGUCGCCUACAAGGUCGGCAAGUUCCCGUUCGUCGCCAAUUCUCGCGCCAAGACCAACAAUGAUCAGGAAGGAUUCGUUAAGGUCUUUUUUGUUUCCCUAUCGGCGUCUCGAUAUCUCUCCUGGUUUCAGAUUCUGGCUGACAAGCAGACUGAUCGGAUGCUUGGAGUUCAUAUCAUAGGACCGGUGAGUCUCGAAAUACUGAAAAAAAAACAUUUAGUUCCAAAGCCGAACCCUUAAUUUUAAAGACUGCGAACUUUCUUUUUUUGUAGUUAAUUUUUUGUGAGAGAAGUUUUCUGCAAACGAAAAAGAAGAGAAGUUCAUAAAUUUGAAUUCAGAAUGCCGGCGAAAUGAUCGCCGAGGCGACUUUGGCCUUGGAGUACGGCGCUUCGGCGGAAGACGUCGCCCGCGUUUGCCAUCCUCACCCGGUAUAUUCUUUUUUUUCACUGUUUUCUGACCUUUUUUGCUUUUUUCCGUCGUUCUUCGACCUUAUUCAGGUCGUUUUCUGGGUGUAAACUUUUUCUGCGCGAAAAACGUCAAAUAAAAAAGAAAAAAAACAAGGAACUUUAUCAGAUUUUACGAGUCAGGAAGUCCAUUUUGAGUUGAGAAUUCUGGCCUUUUUCAAGUACACGUAGAGAAAGGUGUGGGAUACUUCAGAAGAAGCUGAAAAAAGCAAAAUAAUCACUGAAUAUGGUACCUAAAAUUAUUGGAAUUCUUUUGCAGACCCUCUCAGAAGCCUUCCGAGAAGCGAAUCUCGCCGCCUACUGCGGAAAGGCUAUCAACAGCAUUUAA